CACAGCCCUGCUUCUGCUAGGCUGCCCCAGCCACUGCUCGGCCGGCCACCCAGCCGCUCGGCCAGGCCUGCCGGUGACAUGGGCUUCCCCGCUGCCCCGGAGGCUGGCUGCCGGCGCUGGGGGCCUGUGCUCCUCGCUCUCUUCCUGGCUGCCUCCCGAGGUCUGGUGACAGCCUUCAAGAUCGCCACACCAUAUUCCUUGUACGUGUGUCCUGAGGGGCAGAACGUCACCCUCACCUGCAGAAUUGUGGGCUUGGGCUCCGCGGCCAAAGGACACGACGUGUCCUUCUACAAGACAUGGUACCGCAGUUCACGGGGAGAGGUGCAGGCCUGCUCCGAUCGCCGGCCUAUCCGCAACCUCACGUUCCAGGAUCUGCACCUGCACCACAGUGGCCACCAGGCCGCCAACACCAGCCAGGAUCUGGCCCGGCACCAUGGGCUAGAGUCAAUCUCUGACCACCACGGCAACUUCUCCAUCACCAUGCUCCACCUGACCCCACAGGACGACGGCCUCUACUGCUGCCUCGUGGUGGAGAUCAGGCACCACCACUCAGAGCAGAGGGUCCACGGUGCCAUGGAGCUGCAGGUGCAGAGAGGCAACGAAGCACCGUCCAAGUGCAUUGCAUACCCAUCCUCCCCCAGGGAGAGUGAAAGCAUCACAGCUGCUGCCCUGGCUACGGGUGCCUGCAUUGUGGGCAUCCUCUGCCUUCCCCUCAUCCUGCUCCUGGUCUACAAGCAAAGACAAGUGGCCUCCAACCGCCGUGCCCAGGAGCUGGUGCGGAUGGACAGCAACGCUCAAGGAAUUGAAAACCCAGGCUUUGAGGUCUCUCUACCUGCCCAGGGGAUGCCGGAGGCGAAGUCCAGGCCCCCAUUGUCCUACAUGGCCCAGCGGCAGCCUUCUGAGUCUGGGCGCCACCUGCUUUCUGAGCCCAGCACUCCUCUGACUCCAGCAGGCCCUGGGGAUGUCUUCUUCCCAUCCCUGGACCCUGUUCCUGACUCCCCAAACUCUGAGGCCAUCUAGACCAGCUAGGGGCCAGUGGGCAACUGUGGCUGGGCCUCGGGCAGGUGUAUGUGGGCCAGUCUGGCCCUCUGAGUGGUCCCUUGGCCUCGACCCUGGUUUCCUCCCUCCAGCUCCAGAUGCUUUGAGAUAUCCUGAUGGCCAGAUUCUUAACCCCUCUGGAUGCUACAUGGCAGAAAUGAGAAGGUGUUGGAUCACUCAGCUCCUAUCUCAAGAAUGGUGGGGUGCUGGGAUCCCAUCCAAGACCUGAAAUUCACCAGCUACAGGUGCCAAAUGAUCUACACCCCAGAAUUUCCAGCUCUGUGGCAGCCUCUCUGGAACAUGAGCCUUGGGACUUGACAGAUGUGACAAGAUGGACACUGAGCAGAUCCUGCAAUGCGACUCUCCCAGGAAUGAGACACAGGACUAGAUGUAGAGAGACUCCUCCCACUGUGUUGGACUGGCUCCCCCAUCUCGCCUGAGGCUGCUUAACUGUCAGGCUCACUCUCUGUAACCUUGGGGCUCGGGGCUGGGCCUGCCUGCCUCCAGGGCCAUGGGAGCCUUCCCAACUGCCUCCUACCAGUAACGUCUCCUAGGAGCUCUCAACAGCUUAAACAAAUCUGGGGCUCCCACUGUCUGCACUCUGGUCUCCAGAGUUCACUGGCCAGAGGCCCCAAAACAGGAAGUACACAUUGGGGCAUGGUGGCCAUUGUGAGCCAACUGGUAUCUUGGGCAAUGGAGGCCGGGACAGAGGUUGCACACCCACCACAGAUGGGGGUGAGGGAGAACCCAGGGCCUGCUGGGAAGCUGAGUGGAGAGGGCUCCACUAAUCCGUCUUCCCCAUUGCUCUCCUCCUCUGCUCAGUUUGGCUAAUAGAGAGGGUGACCAGAUAAUGUAUUGUCCAAACUGUGACACUUUUGACAGUGAAGACGGGGUGCUAUUAAAACUACACGGUAACAGGUGCAAACCCUGUGGACAGAC